AUGCGUGCACUCGCUGCAUUGCCAGCCCGCAUAACAAAAGCUGCCGCGGCUCCGUCCGCCCGGCGAGCGUUCAGCCAGCGCCCGGCGCCCCUCCGCGCACCGAUGGCCAUCAACGUCGACACACUACACCUCUGGGGUAACGCCUACGAGCAGCCGAUACAGGAAGACGGCAGUAGCAACAGCGCAGAAUUAUCCUCCGGGCUGUGGGCGCGGUCACAACAGUGGCUGGACUGGUCCCACUGGCACAUGCCCGACAAGACGAUUGCCGAGCGCUCUGCCCUGCUGGCGGCCACGAGCAGCAUCAGCGAGGCGCCGAGGAGGGCGGUCGCCACCGCCCAGGAGUCGCUCGUGGUGGCUACAAAGGAGACGCCUAGGCAGCCGCAGCCGACAGAGAGCGAGGAGGACGUCGAUGCCGACCGCUCGGACGACGAUCCCCUGCCGCCCGGGCUGCACCACCAGAUCAAGCUCCCGGCCGGGGAGGCGGGGCCGAAGCCGACGGAGUCAGAGGAGGACGUCAAUGCGGAUAGGUCGACGGAUGACCCUCUGCCGCCAGAGUCGCACCAUAAGAUAAGAUGA